AUGAAACCCAAUGUAGUUUCCUCGAAACUCCAAAUGGUCUUCAACGAUGAGAGGGUAGAGUGCCACUUUGAGCUUAAAAUUUGGGUUUAUGUUUCUCAGGAUUUUGAUGUGAAAAGGGUGAUAGAAGCAAUAAUCAAAUCCCUAACUGGGAAAAUCUGUGAAGCCUCAAGCCUAGAUUAUUUGCAGAAAAAGCUUCGAGAGAUGCUAAAUGGGAAAAGGUAUUUGCUUGUAUUAGAUGAUGUGUGGGAUGAAGAUCAAGACAACUGGGAUGGGCUAAAGUAUUUACUAGCAUGUGGAUCAAAAGGCGCUUCCAUUAUCGUUACUACUCGUGUUGCAAAGGUAGCAUCAAUCAUGGGAACUGUUCCAGCACAUCACUUGUCAUUUUUAUCUGAUGAAGAUUGUUGGUUGUUGUUCAAGCAACGAGCAUUUGGACACAGGAAUGAAGAGCAUCCAAACCUUGUGGCCAUUGGGAAGGAGAUAGUGAAGAAGUGUGGGGGUGUGCCUUUAGCUGCGAAGGCCCUUGGAGGGCUAAUGCGCUUCAAAAGUGAGGAAACAGAUUGGCAUUUUGUUAAAGAAAGUGAAAUUUGGAACUUACCCCAAGACAAAAAUUCCAUCUUGCCCCUCUUAAGAUUAAGUUACUAUAGCCUUCCAUUGGAAUUGAGACGGUGUUUUGCUUACUGUGCCAUUUUUCUAAAAGGUUCUGAAAUUGAAAAGGAAAAACUCAUUCAUCUUUGGAUGGCUAAUGGCUUUAUUUCAUCCAACGGAAAAUCGGAGUUAGAAGAUAUUGGUAAUGGUAUGUGGAAUGAGUUAUAUUGGAGAUCUUUUUUCCAAGACGUGGACAAAUAUCCAUCUGGCAACAUUAUUUUCAAAAUUCAUGAUCUUAUGCACGAUCUUGCCCAAUCCGUUAUGGAAGAUGAAUGUCAUAUGAUGGAGGCUAAAAGCUCAACGAAUAUAUCAGCGCAAAGAAUUCAUCAUGUUACACUGGUUGCUGACUAUAAGCACGCAGUUGUCUUUCCUAAAGCAUUAUAUAGAGUUGAAUCCUUACAUACAAUUCUUCUACAAUAUAGACAGCCAAACACUUACUCUGGUAGUUCUUUUUCUUUUUCUUGUGACUUCACAAAUUUUGGUUCGUUACGAGUGUUCGAUGCAUUGGGCACCAACAUGGGGCAGCUGUCAUCUUCAAUUGGUAAGUUAAAACAUCUGACGUACUUGAACCUUUCUAAAACUCUCAUUCGUACACUACCAAAGUCAAUUUGUAGCCUUCACAAUUUGCAGACUUUAAACCUGAAUGGGUGUUAUAAUCUUCAGAGGCUGCCCAAGAACAUGAAAUCCCUAAGAAACCUCCGACAUCUUUAUUUUAAAGGUUGUAGAAAAAUACAGGACAUGCCUCCAAAGCUUGGGCAUUUAACUCUCCUGAGGACAUUAAGUUUAUUUAUCGUGGGUAAGAGUAGAGGUCAUCGGGUAGUUGAAUUGCAAUGCUUAGAUCUUGGGGGAGAACUGUGUAUCCGUCACCUUGAGAGAGUGAGAAACUCAACGGAUGCCAAAGAAGCCAAUUUGGUCGGAAAACAGAACCUCCGAAUCUUGAAGUUAUCAUGGGGAUAUAACAGUGAAUCAGAAUCGCAAGCAAAUGUUGAACAACUACUUGAAUCCCUGGAACCUCACCCAAAUGUUGAAGAGUUGUUCAUAGACGAUUACAGAGGUGCCCACUUCCCACUUUGGAUGAGGGAUUCAAUUCUUAAAAACAUAGUUUCUAUUGAGCUACGUAGCUGCAGAAACUGUUUACUACUUCCAGCGUUUGGACAGUUGCCUUCCCUGCAACAGCUUUAUAUUUCCAAAAUGGAUUAUCUGGAGUACAUUGACAAUUACUUCCCUGGCGAAAGCCCAGUUAGAGGAUUUCCGGCUUUGGAAGUACUCCGUAUUUCUAAGUUGCCGAAUUUGGUAGGGUUGUCAAGGGAGGAAGGAAGAGAGCUACUCCCUUGUCUUCACCAGAUAGACAUCCGCAAUUGCCCAAAAUUGACCUUGCCGUGUCUUUCAUCACCAACACUCUUGAAUGUCUCGAGCUCCAGCAACGUGGUACCAAGUUCAAUCUCAAAUCUUAAGAAUCUCACUACCCUUUCCGUUCAUGUCCGGGACAUGGUUUCUUUUCCAGAAGAGAUGUUGCAAAACCUAACUGUUCUUGAAUCAUUGAGUAUCUGGGGUUGUCAUGAGAUUGAGUCUUUGCCAGAUCAUGGGUUACGAAGCCUAAAGUCUCUCAAACGUCUGACGAUUGACCACUGCUAUAAAUUGAGUUAUUUAUCUGAGAGUUUGGGACACCUCACUGCCUUGGAGGAAUUGAAUGUUAGUGGGUGUCCCAAGCUAGUGACUUUGCCAGACAGCAUUAAACAUCUUGUUUCUCUUCGACACCUACAUAUUUGUGGUCAUCCCAGAUCCAUGUAUUCAAAUGAUCUUGUUAUUUGUGCAGAGUUGAAGACUUUGCCCGAAGCAUUGAAACAUGUCCCUGCACUUCAAUCUCUAUCUAUUUCUGGGUAUCCAGAGCUCACAUCACUGCCUAAAUGGUUGGGAAACCUUACGUCACUUCAAUCGUUGUCCAUUAGUGGCAGUCCCAAGAUUCCAUCACUUCCACAUGGCUUUCAAAGGCUAACCAACCUCCAAACUUUGACCAUUUAUAGAUCCUGCCCUGAAUUGGUAAGGCGAUGUCAAAAGGAAAAGGGGGAGGAUUGGUAUAAGAUAGCACAUAUUCCAAAAAUCAAUCUGGAUGAAAUUAACGACAUUGAGCGCAUUGAGUACUCCAUGAUUCAGAGAUUGUAUCACUACAAGAAAAGGAGGCAGAAAAGACGGAAGCUUUCGCGACGGCCUGUUUCCCGUCGCAAAAGAUGA